AUGUUGCUUAUUUCAAUUAUAAUCUUUUUCAUCAAAGUUUCGGAUCAAGUCGAAAUCGAAAUAUAUCAUCCUAAUGGAACUUAUGCUACGAUUGAUGUGGAAAUUAAUUUCAAAAAUUUGGAAGCCGAGAAUUGCACAUCUUCGGAUUUAGUAAUUUCUUGGGGAAAUCAAAAAAUCAAUUGCUCAUUGCCAAAUUACAAAAUUCAUCCGAAAAAUCAUAAUUUAACAAUAAUUUGCCCAUCGGAUUGUCAAUUAUGCAAAAAUCUUCAAAAAUGUCGGAUUGAAAAACAAGAAAAUAUAUAUUUCUUCAACAUUGAUAAAUCGAGAAUUGAUAUUAAACAUGUUUCUGAACACGGUGCUCAAGUAUUUCAUAUGAAUAAUGAGGAAAGAAAUAAUAAAUUGACUUUUCGAAUCACAAUUGUCAUUCUUUUUGUUGUUGCUCUACUGUUUUUUGGUUUUGUUUAUGGAAGUGAAGAAUAA